AUGCAGCCGAGCGAACCAGCCGAUACCGCGCACGCUGCUAGCGGAAAUCCCCCGCAGCGGGGCCUUAACGGUGGCCGUUUCGAUUUUGAUGAUGGUGGUACAUAUUGUGGCGGCUGGGAGGAUGGCAAGGCCCACGGCUACGGUGUGUGCACUGGACCAAAAGGACAGGGGGCGUACGCUGGCUCCUGGCACUUCGGGUUCGAAGUUUCCGGCGUCUACACCUGGCCCAGCGGCAGCUCGUACGAGGGACAAUGGCAGAACGGCAAGAGGCACGGUUUGGGCGUGGAGACACGGGAUCGGUGGCUGUAUCGUGGUGAAUGGACACAGGGGUGCAAGGGACGUUAUGGUGUUCGUCAAAGCACCACCAGCAACGCAAAAUACGAGGGCACAUGGGCGAAUGGAUAUCAAGACGGAUACGGCUCGGAAACAUACGCAGAUGGCGGUACAUACCAAGGACAAUGGAUGCGAGGUCACAGGCACGGCUACGGUGUGCGGACGUCAGCGCCGUUCGGGUUGGCGUCACAUUACCGCGGGGGCGCGCGGGACACCCGCGGCUCAUUGUCGUCGCUCGUGGAGGCGGUCGGCACACCGGAUCCCUCCGACAGACGAAACUUACGAGUGGACGACGCCCGAGGUGGUUUCGUACUUCAAAAGAGUUCCGAUGAACCAGCUGGGCGACGCGGCUCCUUGGCGGAAAAAACUAAAAAGGGGCUAUUCCCCAACUUUCGGAAGCGCCGCAGUACUGGGGAGCUGGACAAACGGGGCACUAGCUCGGUACGGUCGGGCGGCUCAGCGGGGUCGGCUUCCUCGUGGGUCUCCUCCGUGGAGAGCUCACAUUCCACCAACACGCGCGGUUCCCACAAUACACACUCCAACACCAGCUUUAUCGUAGAGGAUGAGCACUUGGACCCGAGUGUAACUGAAACUUAUAUGGGUGAAUGGAAAAAUGAUAAGCGCACCGGGUUUGGUGUCUGUGAACGGAGUGAUGGCCUGCGCUACGAGGGAGAGUGGCUUGCUAACAGAAAGUACGGAUAUGGAGUUACAACUUUCCGAGAUGGAACCAAAGAAGAAGGCAAAUACAAGAACAACGUACUCAUCACCAGUCAGAAGCGUAAACACAUGUUCCUCAUGCGUUCUGCAAAAUUCCGAGAACGCGUUGACUCAGCAGUAAAUGCAGCACAACGGGCUUCAAAAAUAGCUUUACAAAAGGCCGAUAUUGCAAUUUCUAGAACUGCUACCGCUCGGGGCAAGGCAGAGCAAGCAGACGAAGCGGCAGACCAAGCAAAGGAAGACUGUGAUAUAGCACAAAAAACUGCGAAGCAGUUUGCGCCAGAUUUUAAACACCCCGGAUUUGAUAGAAUAGGAUUAAGAGACCGAUACAGACAAAAAGUGUAUGAAACCCAAAUACCCGGACCAGAAUCACAAGAAUCUGAAAAGAUCUUGGAAGGAAAGAGCAUUCCAAAUCAUAUCCCUCCGAUGCAUUCGCAGCUCCCUCAAGGCAAUAAAAUUCCUAAUGCAAUUUCUUCAAGAAGGCCUUCAUCUCAGUAUCCAAAAGUAGCGCCACCAUUGGACCCACGAAUUCCAAACAGUAUUCAUUUUGGUACCGAUGACAGGACACAUGGCUCUACAUAUGAUCCUUAUUAUAAUCCUAACCAAGAUAAUUGGACAUCAUCAAAUAAUUCACCCGGUCAGAUACAGGACAAACAAAAGUCUUAUAAUAUGCCAAAUGAAUCUAUGGGUGGAUAUAGUCACAAUCAACCAAGUGCUCAGCAACAGGCGUCAAUGCCAUAUCGCAGACAAGAAUCUAUACAAGCACAUCAGAGUAUAGAUCAAAACCAUCAACAAUUUGUAAACCAAAAUCGUAGACCUUCUGUAAGACCGGUUAUGAAUCAAAGGCCUGCGCCACAAGAAUGGAGUUCUCAAGGAGUUUCUCGACGACAAAGUAUACUCGGACAGCCAACUUACGAUCCUCAAAGCAAUACAUACACUGACGCCGGUGCUGCAUCGUACGGUCGAAAUGAAUUUCGUACCGGAGUUUUUCGUUCAGAUGGAUCUCAUGAUCCGCAAAGAACUGCUACAGAUUCACAAGGUUUUCGUCAAACAGAUGAUCCUCAGCCUUACCAACAACAACCUCUCGACCAACAGGGAUAUAGACAAGCUCCAGAUCCACAAAUGUAUCGCCAACCGUCGUCAGACCAACAACAAUAUCGACAGCAAAACGUACAACCGGAACAAGACGCUAUCAAUGGGGAGCGUGAUCCUCGUCAGUUUGCCGCUCGUCCCUCCAUAGAUUACUUUGACCAUUAUAAAAGACCACCCAGUAGAGACUCGAGCGUUGAUCGCUAUGGUAGGCGGUCACGGCAGCCGUCAGUGGAAGCAGUGCCGCCUAGUGGGGGCUCUCGUGCUGGAUCAGUAGCACCACAGCCGAUGCCUUCAUCUCGGCCGCCCUCACGGGCCGCAACCCCUGCCGGCAAUGGUCACUUGGCGUCCGGUCGUGGCUCCAUCUCACGUGCAUCGUCAAGAGAACAUCAACCGUUUGAUGAUACGUUACUUCGAAAGCGGACGUUAGGACAAGAAAUAACGCCGUCACCUUAUCAACCAAAACGGACUGAAAGUCUAUUUGUACCACAAAAUCCGACACCUCCGCCACCAGCACCGAUGGGAGGAGGAGGAGGGCGUAAGAUGUUAAGCACGCCUCAAACACUUCAGCGUAAGAAGUCUCUGCCGGACGUGGCAGCGAUGCCGCGAAUGGCUGAUGGUGGAGGCAUGACUCGCGAAGAGGUAUCAGCACUAGGUUCCGCCCGCCGUGAGGAGGUCCGUCGCAUACACGAGGAGACCGAAAAACUGAGAGCCAACCCCUUCCUCUAUUUAGUCAGUCCGCAAGUAAAGGACUGGUUCUCACGGCAGCAACUUGUGAUUCUAGUACUCUUCAUCAACAUUUCUUUGGGCAUUAUGUUCUUCAAGCUACUAACGUAG